AUUAACACGAAGCAAAAGAAGUUUACUCAAGGGAUAAAUUUAAGAAAGUGUUUUCACUUAUCAUUUAUCAAUCUCUCAAUUCCCUCCUUACAAAAAGCCUUUUAAAAAAGAAAUUAUACAACUCUUUUUUUUGAAGCCAUGGCUCAAGAGGAAACCAAAGUAAAAAUGCUUUAUCAAGUUUGGGAGGGAAAUAAUAAAUUCUUAUUUGAAGGAAGAUUGAUAUUUGGUCCAGAAAAAACUCUCUCCGUCUUCAUCUGCCGUAUAUUUUGAUUGUUCAGAGCCCCGAGCAGCUCCCAAAUCAAGGAGAACAACACCAGUAGUCUAACAGAAGGAAGAGAAGAGAUGAGCAGCAUAGGCACUGGCUACGAUCUAUCGGUGACGACGUUCUCGCCGGACGGCAGAGUUUUCCAGAUCGAGUACGCCGCAAAGGCCGUUGACAACAGCGGCACGGUCAUCGGCAUCAAAUGCAAGGAUGGAAUCGUGUUGGGUGUUGAGAAGCUGAUUGCUUCGAAGAUGAUGUUGCCCGGAUCCAAUCGGCGAAUUCAUUCUGUUCAUCGCCACUCCGGCAUGGCUGUUGCUGGAUUAGCUGCAGAUGGGAGGCAAAUUGUUGCACGAGCAAAAUCCGAAGCAACCAACUAUGAAAAGGUCUAUGGUGAACCUAUUCCAGUGAAGGAACUUGCCGAACGAAUUGCUAGUUACGUGCAUUUAUGUACACUUUAUUGGUGGCUCAGACCUUUUGGUUGUGGGGUGAUUCUUGCGGGAUAUGAUAGAGAAGGUCCACAGUUGUACAUGGUUGAACCUUCUGGUGUAUCUUAUAGGUAUUUUGGUGCUGCUAUUGGGAAAGGCAGGCAGGCUGCCAAGACUGAAAUUGAGAAAUUGAACCUCUCCGAAAUGACAUGCCGGCAAGGAGUUAUUGAGGUAGCCAAGAUAAUUUACGGCGUACAUGACGAGGCAAAGGACAAGGCCUUUGAAUUGGAAAUGAGCUGGGUAUGCGACGAGUCAGGUUGCCAACAUCAAAAGGUGCCAGAGGAUCUGCUAGAAGAAGCCAAGAACGCAGCCAAAGUUGCACUUGAAGAAAUGGAUGCUGAUUAAUUAAGUUGUAUCACUUUUUUUAUUGUACUCUUGUUUGACCUUUACUCCUUAUGAAAAAACACUAGCAUUUGUUUUUAUAUAAGAACACUAGCAACUCUGGUUUUCUAUUGAACCAUUUUGUACUCCACCCUUUUUUCCCCUUGCAAUCAGUGGCACUUAUUAUUA